AUGGCUGAAUACUCCACGCUCAAGGUGCCUGAGCUCAAGAAGAUGCUGGCAGAGAAGAGCCUUCCUCAGACUGGAAACAAGGCCGAUCUCAUCGCGAGACUCCAGGAGAGCGACAAGCAGUCCGAGACAGACGCGAAGCCUGCCGACAACAAGGAAGACGAGAUCAGCUACAGCGAUGACGAAGCUCCCGCUGCACCUGCUCCUGUUCCUGCCGCUGCCGCUGCCGCUGCCGCUCCAGCUACUUCUGCUCCCGUUGCUGAGGCCCCUGCCGCCGAGGCCGCACCUGUCGAACCUACAAAGGCUGAGGAGCCUGCUGCAGUAGAGGCCCCUGCCGAGACCGCUGAGGCGCCUGCUGAGCCUGAGAAGUCUUACGCUAUGGGACUAUCAUCCACCGCUGCGGAUGAUGAGGCCAAAAAGCGUGCUGAACGUGCUAAGCGAUUUGGCAUUGAGGAUGAUGAGGACGCGAAGAAGCGCGCCGAACGUGCGGAGAAAUUCGGUAUUGAUGAGAAGGAGUUGGCUACUACCCUGGACUCUGCUCUCCCUGAGCGCUCUCGAAAGCGAGGCCGAGACCGUAACACCGAGACUGAGGGAAGCCGACCGGACAAGCGACAGAGCAUGGACAGGAGAAACGGUCCUGGCGGUCGACAACGAAGAGGCCGUGGUGGUCGCGACAACGGCCGUGACGGCGGCGCUCGAAAGGAGGGCGCUGCGACCCGAGGUGCUAUCCUUGAUGACCCAACUGAGAAAGCCAAGGCAGAGAAACGCGCAGCCAGAUUCGCCGGGAACUGA